CCCCGUGCAGGCGCGUGUGAACACCCUGUGUUCCCCCGCCCCGUCCUUACCCGCCGCCGCCGUCGUCUUCGUCGUUGUCUGUCGUCGCGCCGCCCAUCGUUCGCAUCACAAUCGUUGACAGUGUGUGUUACAGACGGUGUACGUGUUCUGACGACAACUUACAUACUUUUGUGGAUAUUCUCGGCUAUUCGGAUAUUCUACUCUAAAGUCAGCUACAACAAUGACUUUACCUAUAUUUGCUAAAAAAGUCAAGAAAUUAGCAUCUUUUCAACUAUUCAAUUUAAAACUGCUACUCAAUGGAGAAUCUAGUCGUGGAUUCAAUAAGUUCAAGAAAAAUUACAAGCUCAAAGGUGAACUCGGCCGAGGUGGUUUCGGUAUCGUCUAUCGAGCCAUACGUGUAGCCGAUGAAUUACCUGUUGCUGUGAAAUUCAUUGACAGAAGGACGGUUAGAGAAUGGGGCAAGAUAAACGACGAACAAGUCCCGAUGGAAAUUUGCAUGCUGGCAAAAUGCUCCAAAAUCAGAGGUGUGAUUCGCCUUAUCGAUUGGUACAGUAUCCCCGAGGGAUACCUGAUCGUUAUGGAACGACCGUAUCCAUGCGUUGAUAUGUUCGAUUUCAUUAAAGGGCAACAAAAACUGGAUGAAGAGAUGGCGAGAUUUUUAUUCCGUCAAGUGGCACAAACGAUACAUGAAUGCUCUCAAAAACGUGUUCUUCAUCGGGAUCUCAAGGAUGAAAACAUUGUCAUCGACUUAGUCACCGGUGAAACGAAGCUCAUUGACUUUGGUGCCGCUACCAUACUUAAAAAAUCAAACUAUACCGAUUUCCAAGGUACUCGACUAUAUUGCCCACCCGAAUGGUUUUUGCAUUCACUCUAUCUUGGACGUGAAGCAGCCGUUUGGUCGCUUGGUGUGCUUCUCUACAACUCCUUGAACGGUCGCCUACCGUUCAAGAACGAGAAGGACAUUUGUACGGCGCAUUUGCUUGGACCUCUGCCAUUCUACACAUCAGUCUCGAGUGAGGCAAAAGACCUGAUUGCAUGCUGUCUGGCGUUCGAUCCAUUCUCACGAUGUUCGUUAGAAGAUAUCCUCAGACAUCCAUGGGUUACGAAAGGAAGUCGAGAUUGGUUGACACUGAGUGCGGCCGCCGGCAAAAAUCUCCAGAGUAAACCGAAAAAUGAGGACGAACGAGACCAUAGCGAGGAGCUCGAAGAGAUUAUCGAGGAGGAAGUAGAAGAGGAAAAGAGUGAUGAAGCAGAGAGUAAAGAGGAGGAUGAGAAUGACCACGGUGUCUCCACAGAAGGUGAAUCUGGAGUUGGCUCGUCCGCGUCUACUUCAGCCCCAAAGACGAACCAACGGGAUCCUCGUCCAAGCCCGCCAGCCCGUUUUUCAAAAACAUCGCUGUUGGCCGCACCUUCCUCGGACGAGCUUAAAGCAGUGGUCCAUGCGGCAAAAACGAAAUCCGUCUGUCACGGGUCCGCAGCUCCGCUUCGACCCACCCGACGGCGAGCUGUUCCUCCAAAUUCGGCGGUCCUAACCGCCUUACGACGUGCCAUGAGUCGAGAACGUCAAAUACGUGCUUGAAAUUGCGCUAUCGCUUAAUAUCGCCCAUUAUCGCUUAUUAUCGCCUGUUGUCGCCAAAUAUCGCCUUAUGUCGCCUUGCUUUCCCCUUCAACUAACAUGACUAGUCGCAUUGUAGACUGCAAAAUACUACUCUUUCCUGAGUUAUGACAGACCCACGACAAAUUUAGUCGUUAGCGCAAAAAAUUAUGGACGUUGCUCGAUACUUACCCCAGAUACGUUGUGUUGUACAGGAUAAUAAUGCUCCAUUGUAAAAGUCUGCUUCAUUUUAUUAUAUAUCUCCCUGAUCACCCAAAUUAAGAUAAGAUUUCCCAGUCCGUAGAAUUUACUUUCCUCUGAUGCUUUAUCACAUAUCAUUCACUGUUUGGUGAUGACAUGUUGUACAUGUACAGCUUACCACUUUUUGGCGCAACUACUUUCAACAUUUGCUGGUUCCACAACGAAUUAUGAUACGGUAGUUGUGCUAUUGCAUAAUAUGUAUGUGUUUUUGUGUGAAUUGUUUUUCCUAUAUUGUUGGCUUUUCUUGUGUGUGCAUGUACAUUUUGUUGAUUUUUGAGACGAAAUGUGAAUACAUAUACAUAACAUGAAUAUGAAGAAUAAAUGUGA